AUGACUAACGCCCCUACUUCUCCAAAUCCCACCACCUACUCCGAGCCCAAGGGCAAGCGAAAAGCCUCGACAGCUGGUCUUUCGGCUAAUUCUCGUCCUGUAAAACGGCGUGCUUCCAAGGCUUGUUGCUGUUGUCGGGCUCGUAAGGUGCGCUGCGACGUGGUGGAGAAUGGCUCGCCGUGUACAAAUUGCCGGCUAGACCAAGUAGAGUGUGUUGUGACAGAGAGCAAGAGGAAAAAGAAAUCUCGCGUUGACGCGGAGAGUACCACCCAUCAGCUCUCACAGUCCCCUGCGGAGAUUCUUGAGGAUGGCGCGGGUCUUUUCCGGGGUCUGGGAGACAAUGGGCUGCCUGACGUCACUCCCACAUCUCCCUCGCAAGGCUCUGUAGAUUUGGACCAAGGGCAGCACAUGCCUCACCUGUUAUAUCAAAGCCAGGUCAACAAAAUUGAUUCUGGCGACCGCUUUCGAAGACGAAUGGCCCCGAAUCCUUCGGUGCCACCGACUCUUCCUUUAUCUCAUGUCACUUCACAGAUCCAACAGCUGUUGGAUCCUUCCUUCGGCAGCACCCCCCGGCCCAGCGGCAUCAUCUUGCCCGACUACAUCAGAGGACUCCCGGCUCGUCUACAGAAAGAAGAUAUCGACUACCUGGCAAUGAAAGGUGCACUGACCGUGCCCGACGUGUCUUUGCGCAAUGAGCUGCUGAAAGCAUACAUCCACUAUGUGCAUACAUAUAUGCCCCUCUUAGACCUCGAUGAUUUUCUGCAGACCAUCGCCCAGAACGAUGGAAUCCAUCGCAUGAGUCUGCUGCUCUUCCAGGCAGUAAUGUUCGCCGGUACCGCCUUUAUUGAAUUGAGACACCUCCACGCAGCCGGGUAUUCGACGCGAAAAGCGGCCCGAAAGGCCUUUUUUCAACGUGCAAGGCUCCUGUACGAUUUUGAUUAUGAGGUUGACCGCAUCUCGCUUGUCCAGUCCCUGCUGCUCAUGACCUAUUGGUACGAGACUCCCGAUGACCAGAAGGAUACCUGGCACUGGAUGGGCGUCAGCUUGUCCCUGGCUCAUACUAUUGGCCUACAUCGCGACCCUGCCAAUUCUCGCAUGGACGCCCGGCGCCAGCGGAUGUGGAAGCGCAUCUGGUGGAGCACGUACACCCGUGAUCGUCUGAUUGCUCUGGGAAUGAGACGUCCCAUGCGCGUCAAGGACGAUGAUUGCGAUGUUCCCAUGCUGACGCUGGAUGACUUUGAUUUUCAUUCAUUUUCCCCCGAGAUUGUGAACAUGGUUGGCAACUCCGAGAUUCUCCAGAGUGUGUCUUGUCAGAGAGAACUCGCCUCGAUGUUUAUUGAAAAGGCAAAACUCUGCCUCUGCGUCAGUCACGUUCUCUCUGCGCAAUACUCGGUCCUAAGCCAUAAGUUCGGCGGUACUAUGGAGACAACCAUGAUGUUGGUGCCAAAGAAGUCAGCCGCAGAGACCUUCGAGGUGCGACGUUGUGAUCAAGAGCUGGAAGACUGGCUGGCCCACCUUCCCACGGAGAUCCGGUACUCCCCUGUUGCGCCAGCGAAACUAACCGAGGCUCAAGGGGUUCUACACUCUCAUAGAGCCUUGCUCAAGAUGGUGUACUUGACCACUUCUAGUGCGCUGCAUCGACCCCAGGUGCUUCCCGCUGUUCCUUUCCCAUCCAUGGACACUGAGUUGCAGGAUAUCUCCCGGGACAAGGUUCGGUUCGCCGCAAUCGAAAUUACAAAUAUUGCUCAGGAUCUACACAGCCUCGACUUGACACGCUAUUUCCCCACUACCGGUGUUACGGUACUUCUUCCCGCUGUGAUCAUCCACCUUCUCGAUAUCAAGUCCAGCGAUCCGAGUGUCCGGAUGACCAGUCUGCAGCGCUUUUACCAGUGCAUGCGUAUCCUACAGCGCCUGCGGGAGAUCUAUGCUUCCGCCGACUUUGCGACAUCAUUCUUGGAGGCUGCAAUCAGAAAGGCGGGCAUCCAGCUCCCCGUGCCACCACGGGAAUUACAGAACCGAAACAGCUCUCGCGAUUCCAGCUCUCGCACUCAUGCUUUGACACCACCUCCCGAGUCCCUUGCCCAGAAAAUUCCCGACCUCACCUAUCCCAAGGAGGAUCCAGUCAAGGCUGCCCGUCGGGAAGACAGCCAGGCUUUUGUCUCCACUCCUCCACCUUCUGACGGUAGCGAGAAUGGCAGCACCAACAACAUCAACCCGAAAUAUCACCGCGAUGCGUUUAGCAUCCCUAAUCUUGACUCGGACCUGAGUCUCAGCGAACUAAUGGACCUCGCCAACGAUGCGGAAGUAACUCAGAACGACUUCGAUGCGUUGAUCAACUUUGACGAUGCUGGGGCGGAUUUCUUUUCUGCCGAGAAUCCUAUGGAUGCAUCUGCCGACGUCGAUAGCAAGCAGCCUUUUGGGUUCGAUCUAGGGUCCAUGGGGAUGAACACACUUACUGGGAUGGUCGGAUUUGGUUCCGAAAGCAAGGGAGUUGACUUGGACGGUCUGGGGGAGGCUUCCACGGGCACAGCGAAUAUCGGAUCGUCACGAGUCGAUGCUCCUGCGAAUCUAGACGUCGAUCUUUCACUGGGGGUCAGUAGCUAG